ACUUGACAUCGGCUCCGAAAAUAAAAGGUCACGAGGUUCGAUCUGCCUGAUUGGCUAGCAUAUUUAUUCUGGCUGAUGUUUCUCGGAAUCACAAACAAUACACGGGUGUGUUUCCUUUCGCUCUGAUAUCGAAAUCUGCCUUCGCGAUGGAGUCUCUCUUGAAGAACCUCGAAAAACAUGUUACUUGUUCCAUUUGUCUGGAUACUUACACCAAGCCUAAGACCAUAGCUUGUCUUCAUACCUUCUGCUUGAAAUGUUUAGAGGAGCACGCUUUGAAAACCCAAAGACAAGGACAAUUUCGAUGUCCCGAUUGUCAGGCACAAGUGAAUAUCCCAGAAGGAAAUUGUUUCGAUAAUUUGCCGACUGGUUUUCUGCAAAACAGUUUGUUGAGUCUUCUCGCUGUACGACAAAGUGGAGAUGGAAGUCAGAUCAGCUGUGGUAUCUGUAAGAAAAAGAGCGCCGAGAUCAGCUAUUGCUUCGGUUGCGAAAAAUUACUGUGCCGUGAUUGUGUUAGUGCACACGAAUUGUUUCGAGAGAGCGCCUUUCAAGGACACAAAGUGACGGCAGUGAAACAGUUUCAAGCCGUAGAUUACGAGGCCUUGUUAAAGCGUCAGUCCUUUUGCCCUCAGCCUUACCACGAGAGAGAGGUAACCAGGUUUUUUUGCCUUGAAUGCCAGAUUUGUGUUUGUCAAGUUUGCAUAAACACUGAUCACAAGAAUCAUAAUGUUGAUCCGCUUGAGAAAGCAGCGGAUGCCGAGAAAACAAACAUCAUGGCGGCAGUCGAGUCGAUAGAACAAAAGAAGAAAGUUUGUGGCGAUGCGAUUAAAACUUUUCAACAAGUUGUUGUAGAGCUGGAGCGAAAUAUCACCGCUGCUAAACGAGAGGUUUCCCAAACAGCCGAGGAAAUGGUCGCGAAGAUUCGAGAACACGAGCGGAAAGCUACAAAAAUCCUCGAGAAUACACGCGUGUCUAGAAUGGAGAAAAUAAACUCUCUAAACGAGCAAGUAAAGUCAUUCAUCAAACAGCUUGACCAAGCAGUUCAGUUUGCAAAAAACCUGGUUGAGAGAAGCUCCAGUUCAGAUGUUAUGAAAAGUAAGAAGAAUUUAGAGCAGCGAUUUGGAGAUCUCGACAAGGCCACAGUCCCUUCACUUCCGGUUAGCUCAUUCGUGAAGUUUUUCUCGACUGAUGCACUUGACAACCUAAACCUGGGGUCAGUGAUAACCAAUGAAACAGAUGUACGGUUGUCAUCAAUGGAAGCUCUUACUGAAAAUCUCCAAGCUGGUCUGGAAGCAGAGCUUCUGAUUUGUCCAAGGCGGGAGAGUGAAGAAGAGCUUUCAAGUAAAUGUCAGCGUGAACUUGACGUUAAAGUGCUCAUAGAACCCGCUGAGGAUGUAGCAAGUUUAAGAACUUUUAGAAAAGAAAAUGAUGAUUUCCACGUGAAGUUUGUUCCUAAAGUACCUGGCACCUACAACAUGACAGUCAAGAUAAAUGGGAACAAACUUGUUACCAGUCCUUUCAGGGUCCAGGUAAAGGAACGACGGAUUGAUGUUGUGGGCGAGUUAGUUCUAAAAAAAGAAAUUUCUUAUGGUCCAAAUUGGAUUGCUGUCAACAGCAAAGGAACAAUCGCUUUUAGUGACGGUGAAGAAGACUGCAUUCUUAUGUUUGAUAAGGAUGGAAAUUUUGUGCGAAAAUUUGGCUCUUAUGGAGAAGGGCCUGGGCAGCUGAAUGAUCCAGCUGGAUUGGCAUUCCUGAAUGAUGACGAGCUUCUGGUGGUGGAUGACGAUAAUGGCCGAAUUCAACAAUUCAAUGUACAGACAGGGAACUUUGUGAAGAGCUUUGGAGAGGAAGGGACUGGAGACGGCGAAUUUAGAAGACCCGAAGGAAUUUUCAUAAAUAAUGAAGGACAUGUCAUUGUAGCGGAUUACUAUAACGACAGAAUUCAGGUAUUGGACAAAGAUGGUAAAUUCAUGUUCAAAUUUGGAGACGAUGACCCUGGAAAGUUAAAUGCACCUAGUGGAUGCAUUUAUCACAAAGACAAGUUCAUUGUAUCUGACAGUGGAAAUCAUUGUUUGAAAGUGUUUGACAAAUCAGGGAAGUUCUUGUACAAGAUUGGAGAAAAAGGCGAAGCUGAUGGACAAUUUUCAUCUCCAUGGGGUUUGUGUGUUGAGAAAUAUGGCGAUCAUCAGAAUCUUUUGGUGUGUGACAGAAAUAAUGGACGCAUUCAACAGUUUACAAUGGAAGGUCGUUUUAUUGGCAAAACUAUUAUUAAGCUAAGAGAUCCGAAAGCAAUAGCUACAACACCAGAUGGUCGUAUUUUGGUUUGUGAAUCUGAAGACAAGAAAAUUCAUAUCUUGAAAUAGACAUUCAAAUGUGUUUUGCAAAAAGGAAUAAUAACAUGGGAAUGGUAACAAAGUUAGCAAUUUUAUUGUUACACCGGCAAUUGUGACUAUGAAGACGAAAAAAUUCAUAUCUUGAGAUAGACACUCAAAUAUUUUUUGCAAAAAGGAAUAAUAACGAAGGAAUGAUAACAAAGUUAGCACUUUUACCAGUAGACUCAGCAAAAAAUUCGUGUUGUGAAAAUGAUUUGGUUAGAGGUCCUUUAGGUGCAUAGGAUGUAUGUAAUAAACACUGAACUGAAUAACAUGAACUAGGAAUGCAUGGAUCAGCGAGCCUGCGAUCCUUACCAUCAGGUGUAUUGUUGGAUAUCGAACUCACUCGUUCCCAGGUUCCUUUGUCAAUCUUUUACUUAGGAGGGAAUAUUCAACUUUUAGCUUGUCACGUAUCUUUACGUGAAAGUUUUCAAUUUUGCAGGAUAGGAAUGAAUGAAUGUCUUAAGAUUAUUUCAUUGAAAUAAGAAGGUCUCGCGCGAAGACGUGUUACUUGGCUAAAUAAGACUCAAAUACUAAACAUGCUACUUUAGAAGCAUGGGUAUAGGCGAUUUUAAGUUGAUGAGUGCAAUAGGUAAAGUAAAUUUGUAAACAAGAAAUACUUAUUUUUCAUUAUACAUGAUGAAAAAAUUGGUCAUAAAUUCAUAGUAAUAGAAAAUUCUUCAACUAAAAUUAGUGAUCAGAGGAGACUUAGAAAUGUGUGACCAACUUUAUACUUAGCAAACCAA